AUGUCUAUUGAUCCACCAGAAGCCGACUGGGCGAGCUUCAAGACACUUGCUGAUGUUAUCAAGUUCGCUGGGCUGCAGGGAGACACAGCUGACAGGGACACGAUAGCUGGUUCACCUUGCUAUCUCCUGGGUUCGGAUGGGUCUGACCACCCGCGUAUCUUUGCCUUGAUUGCUGAGCCGGAUUUUUUGAAGCUGCUGGAACAAUGGAAGGUUCCUGUGAUGACUGCUGGGUCCCUUUCCUUGCAGGACCCUACGCCACGGCAAUUCGGACAGGGCGCGCUUGUUGGCAGGACAUGCCGCGUGGUGGUGGGCCUCGGCUCUGGACAGGCCAGUCCUGGCCCUACAUCUCCUCCGCCAGCUGCCAUGCAAGCACCGAAAAGGAGGGUGAAAUUGAGCACCAUUAUAAAUCAGACGGACGACCUCGAAGUGGACAUCCUAGACGAUGCUGCAAUCACUGCAGCAUAUGCGAGAUAUACAAGGAAGAUCGGUGCGGCUCCUCCGCCGGACCAAGAACUCAGUGCGGAGCAGCUGACAGUGCUGCACCGUCUGUUUCAGAGCGGCAGAGCGCCCUAUACAGACAUGGCUGUCUGGGGCCCUUACCAUCACCGCCUGGCGAAGAAGAUCAGACUGAAGGGUGUUCGCCUGAACUCACUGGGCGAGAUCGUGCCGGUGGAGAUAAAUGGGCCACCUGAUUUCGAGGCUUGGCGGGAGAGCUAUGGUGUAUUCAAGACUGGUUGCAUCAUGUUCGGACAGAUAUCUCCUGCUAGAUUGGACUGCUAUGAGCACCACAUCCGGUCUUAUCGCGAGCGCUACGGCCAAGGUUGCUGGGCCUUGCUUUAUCAGGCCGAUGCCAUGGGAGUGGGUCUGGAACAGGAUGGUCAAGGAGCACGCGUUCUGGCAUCGCGAGCUCGAGGAACCGGCCCUACUCAUCCUUGCAAAGUCGCAGAGAACGUCGCAGGUCCUGGGAGCGGAUGCACCCGUGGAAACCCCAAGUGGCGUAGCACCGAGGGCGGCGCCUGCGCAAGCGCCGCAACACUGCUGCACGGACGGACGGAGAUCCAGACUUCGCUGCAGAAAGAGGCUGGCGGGGACGCAAGCAAUAUGGCCACACCUCGCAACCCUUUGUUCCUGCGUCUGUUUAGUGGGCCGUCGGGGCGCAAAGAUGGUCUGGCCGCCGCUCUCAGGCAAUUGGGCAGCAACUGCGAGGACUGGGACAUUGUCAAUGGUGACCUCUGUGUCCUCGCGGACGAUGCCACUUACCGGAAGCUAAGGCGGCGGAUCGUCAAUGGCGUCUUCGACGGCGGGUUGUUGGGACCACCUUGUCAUACCUUCUCCAACGCCCGUAAGGAGGACGACGGAGGGCCUCGACCUAUACGGCGGCCAGGCGAUCGCGGCAUCUAUGGCAGAUCCGACUUGACCCCGGAUGAGAAAGAGGAUGUGCGACUUGGGACCUUGUUAGCGCUUAGGGCCUUGGACGUUUUAAGGUGUCUUCGUGAGCAAGACAAGCCAGUGAUUCUGGAACAGCCGGCGCGCGUCGACGAUGAGGAGGCUAUCAGUAUGCUCUUCAAGCAGCUACUGGCCUUGGAUGGAGUUCACCACACUCGCCUCUCCAAUGCGGCUAUGGGGUUUGCGGCGCAUCCACCGCUGAAAGGCAAGGAAGCAUUUGUGCCGGCGGAGCAAUGGAGGCCUGACGUGUUGCUCAGUGAUGGGGCCAGACGGGCGAAAUUUCGGCACAUGCCAUACCUCACCAAGGCGGCGGCUGCAUACCCUGGAGGCCUGAAUGAGUACUUUGCCCAUAAGCUGGUGACUGCCCACGGCGAUGCGAUCGCAAAACGCUGUGGCUGGAAGCUGACAGGCAGAUGGAAGAACGUGUUGGUCAGGGACGUCCCCGAGCCGUCACAGGAGGGUGCGAGCGUGGUACCGACGAUGACAUGGUCGCCUGCUCUCAGGGGAAAACAUACACAAGCUGACGCUGACGAAGGCGACAGCUGCCUCGGCGGAAUGAGACAUCCGCGCAAAGCUAUGGAGACGAUCAAGGGCUUCGAUCGAGCUGGCAAGGCUGUCUUCGGCGUCAUUAACCGCUACUUGGAGGAGAACCCUGACUUGCAGCAACAGUGCUUAGCAGCCAUCGGCUCGGACGAGGCAGACCAAAGGCCGGACGAGAAACAUGUGAACGAGCUGGCCCGGCGCCUUGGAUCUGUGUUCAACGCUACUCCGCGUACAGACGGGGACGGUCUGGACUUCGAGCUGCUGGGCGCAUGGGGUCGCGUGGCAGGAGACCCCGAUGCUGGCUGCGUGGAAGAAUGGUUGCGGGGUGGAUCGCCGCGGGGAAUUUCGUCUCACAUUAGAGACCCCGGCAAGAUAUUUCCGCCGGACACUGGGUCAGCGGAGGCAGCCUGUGAGGAGGAGCUGCUGCAUGAUCCUGCGGAUCAUGAGAAUUAUAAAUCUGUAGACGCUGACGCCAUGGCCAUCUCUGAAGUACACAGACUUAUAAAUUCCGGCUAUGUGAAGACCUUUGAGGACCUUCACUCGUGCGCUUCGUGGCUGGGCGGCGCACCGUUGACGUCCAAACUUGCAAUGGUGAGCAAAGAAAGGGCGGAUGGCGCCGCCAAACGCAGGCCGGGUGCAACUUCCCCGACCAGCCGAUCGGAAGGAGAGCAGGUGGAAGCACUUGUUCUCGAUUUCAAGGACUGGUUUUAUUCGGUUCCCUCGUUGCACUCCGAGCAGCGCUACUUCGCCACGGCUUAUCGUGAACAAGCUGACAGCCCCCUGCGCCGCAUUGUUUUCCUCACGCAGACGCAAGGCAGCAAGAAUGCGCCGCUAGUCUGUGGAAGAGUGGCUGCGUACAUCGGACGGCUCAGCCAGAGCCUUUUCAGGCUGGCCUCAAUCUUGAUUUGUCUCUGGCUGGCGCUACGCAUUCCACUGGCAUUUGAGAAAGCGUCUCGGGGAACGGACUUCACAUGGAUUGGCAUCCACUACUGCGUCAAAGCUGGCGACCUGAUGCGGGAGAUCCUCGAGGCUACCCAGGAGCAUCUCAAGACCAAUGUGGUCAGCGUUCGAGACCUUCAGAAGUACGUGGGUAAGGCCAACUACGUGGCGGGCGUGGUGGAUACUUGGAGGCCGUUCCUCACAGAUCUCUGGGCCGUCAUAAACAGCUGCGGCCCGGACUCGCGCCCGCCAAACUGUGUCUGGACAAGGCAAUGGGUCAGCAUGGUUCCUCGAUUCCUCGCGUUCUUCAAGGGUGAGGCCGGCUCGCUGGUUCGAGAGUACAGGGUGAGCCGCUACUUCGGGAAGGCCAUCAAGAUGAGGAUCGUUACUGAUGCGUCUCCUUGGGGCAUCGGAGGCUUGCUGGCGAUGAAUGACACGCCGGUGGAGUACUUUUGUGACGAGCUGAGUGACUUCGAUUUGGAGCUCGCGGAGGCAGACCGUGGAUCUCCCGACGGUCAACAGGUCUGGGAAGCUCUUGCGGUACUUGUGGCGCUACGGCUUUGGCACUCGCGUUGGCUCAAGCGAGGGGCGUGCCUGCACCUCGGAUCAGACAGUGUUUCUGCGCUCAGCUAG